CUCCAGAGCUUACUAGGAGCGCAUAAAUGCAGCGGAGAAGCGCACUAUCAGCGAAAACGUGAAGCACAAUUAUUCUAUCCGAUGAGUUACGACAAUAGCUACAGCUCCUUAAACUCCACCAACAGUGAAAUACGAUGCCACCAAAAGGCUCAUAAGAAGCCUGUUACGUAUACACUAUCAAAAGGGUCCAAACUUGCUACAUAAAUGAAGGCCACAGUCUCGGGAAUGAUAAGCAGCAUGGCAGCCACGCCACAAAGUAUCUUACACUGAAAAACGACGAGAUGCGGUAAGCGUUGAAUCCUCAAUCUCAGAAUGUGAUAGAAAAAUUGUAUCAUCACGAGUACAUGGCGGGGUAUGUGCAUGUCGACGCAUGGUUCGCGCAGGUCGACGGACGCCAUAACCGAUACUUUCGUCUUGAUGUCCAAUGUUCGCAAAGUCUCAAAUUUCAAGUGCCUUGGCAAAGCGUACUGUGUCGUAUGUGGAAAAUGCGACUAGGAACGCAGGAGGCUACGCCAUGCUCAACGUCACAAUCGCUGCUUGUGAUAUAUUGGAGUUCGGUGGAGUAGACCGUCAACAUUGAUGUCAUUACACUAUUGUACUGUUUCGUACCAAUCUUCCAAGUCCGCGUAAGGAACUCGGAAUUUUAAUGCAAAAAUAGCUAGUAGGGUCCUUUCAUGCGGAAGUGCUUUCAGGCUGGUCUCCUUUCCAGUGAAGAAUGCAACAAGUUUGCACCGUUGUAGAUAUAUCGUUUCUUCUAGUCACUGUAGCAUACAAACCACAUUUGAUUCGUUAUGGUGUCUUAUACACCAUUGUCUCCAUCUCGAACUUCUGGCUAUAUGAUGUCGCAACGCUUCCGCGGUUAGCGAGAGUACUAUACUAAAGAAAGUGCUGGUGGUCUUUAUGUUUACAUAAAUGAGGACAGUUUUACCGCGAGUCGAGGCUAUUAAUCCUACAAUUUCUGAAUCAUUUGACUUUAGGCUUGCAUGUACGCUUUGAUGGACCGGAUUUUGACAUUGCGAUCUCCCAGUUUUGAAACUACGAAUUUAUCUUUACGAUCUGUAAGUCACAUCAAGAGUGCACAGCACUAAACUCAAGAAAAAGGAUCAACUUGCAAGUUCAAAUCUGAUUGAUUUAUGCUGCAAUUGUUAUGUGCGCAGGUACCACAGGCUUAUAGCAUAAAA